UAAGGACGAUCCCACAGCCACCAUGAAAGGGUUAGGAGCCAACCGCAGUCGCCACUUGUCCGACUCGUGCGAACCUCCGGGGUGCCCUCAGAAGGCUCUGUGUCCCUUGAACUCUGACCCUCACAGCGCCUUUCUGUUGAGCCCCACUAUAAACCACUAUGGCACCCUGGACCCCCACCUCCACCAGUGUCAGCCCACCAGCCCCACGGCCCUGACCCCGGACUGCCUGCUGCCUUUCAGCCAGAUGUCCAACAGCAGCACCUUCCCGCGUCUACAUUUCACCUCCCAGACUGAGCAGGCGGACUGCUCCCAGGGCUGUAUGGCUGGUGGCGGCGGCGUUGGCCAGGGCAGCAGGGCGGGUACAUUAUCCACCUCCUUGUCGAUGGGCAUGGGCUUGGGUCUGGGCCUGACGGGUGCUCCGAUGAUCACCAGUGGAUCAGCCACCAUUUCCUCUGCAGCGGCCGCCAAGAUGAAUCGACUACCCUCCAACCUUUUAGACCAGCUGGAGAGGCAUCUGCCCCUGCAGCGGGACGGCUUCAGCACGCUGCAGUUCCACAGAGGACGUAUGUCGAAGCAGCGCAGUGAGAGCCCAGGACGCAUACGCCACCUAAUGCACUCUGUCCAGAAGCUGUUUGCCAAGUCGCAGUCCCUGGAAAACUCCGCAAUCAAAGGUAGCCUGAACGGGCGUUCUUCUGGAGGAGGCAGUGGAACGACUGGAGGCAGUGAGGACGGCGGUAGACCGAGCCGCAGGAGCAAGAGCAAAGACAGGGCGAAAACUGAGGGGCCCAAGCAGAGACCUAGACCUAAUACACUAGGCCUCUGGAGCUCCGACGACGCCCUGGACACUGACACUACCAAAGCUGGCACUAUCGCUGUAGGUUACCGCAAUCCUCUGAGCAUGAUGACUCUCGGCAGAGCGGUGUCAGACAGCCAGGCUGCUCCCAGACAUAUCCCACAGGGCUACAACACCAUUUCUGCACAUACUCUCAAGACCUCGAAAAGCAGCAGUGACCUCAAGUUCCUGGCAUGCCAAGCGACGCAGGUAGUAAGCAAGGAAGAGGCGGGACCCACCCGGGGAAGCAAGGACGAUUCUGUGGUGAAGAGAGGCUCCUGGUCCACUCUCACACUCAGCCAGGCCAGGCAAGUGCUGCAAAAGGGCUCUGCGACCGUCAACAGGACCCUGCUUAAGUCAAAGUCGUGCCAUCAAGACCUGGCACAGCAGUUCCUACAGGUAGGAGGGCCAGUCCCCCUCGGGGACUGGGCAGGCACUUUGGGUCGCGGACGGGCCAGAGGAACUGAGAUCCCUUGUCGAAGGAUGCGCAGUGGCAGCUAUGUAAAAGCUAUGGGAGACCUAGAAGACAGUGAGGACUCAGAGGGAAGCCCCAAACCUUCCCCGAAAUCCGCGGCUCGUCGCCAGAGCUACCUGAAGGCGACCCAGCAUUCUCUGAGCGAGCAGCAACCACCACCACCUCCACGCAAGCCUCGUUGCUACGCUCUCAUGCGGGAGGAUUAUCUGUGGUCUCCUCUGCAGAGUGCAUGCUCUAUGCAGCAUCUGAGCUCUCUGCCGUCGCUGAAGGAGCUGUCCACUAAUCGGAGUCUUGAUAACCUGGACUGCCUGAUGAGCCCUUUGGAGGCCGCUCCGCGCCACAGGAUCAGUGAUUUCAGCCAUUGCAUCGGUACACUGGGCAGAGUCUCAGGCACUCAGGUAUGCGGGCAGGGCUGUGGGCACACCGUGGCAUACUGUGAGGGGGAAUCGCAGGCUGUGGAGGCUCUGGAUUUGCCUGCUCCUACAUGCUUCCGCUCGCGCAGCCACAGCUACCUGCGGGCCAUACAGGCGGGCUGCUCCCAGGACGAAGACACAGCUUCUGUGGACUCAGACUCACCACCACCCACCGCUGCAGGCUACGGCUUCAGCUCCAACACCAUCAGCAAUAGGAAGGCUCCUCCUCCAGUCCCGCCCCGCACCACCUCCAAGCCCCUCAUCUCCGUGACGUUGCAGAGCAGCACCGAGUCGGCUCAAGACACUUACCUUGACCAGCAGGACCGUGGCAGCGAAGCAAACAGCCAAUCGGGACGUAGCAACUCGUCCGACAGCCUCUGUAGCAUACGCACAAGCAGCCUGGCUAAGGGGACCCAGCCUACACCAGCCCCUGUCCCCGCUGCCACCCCUGCACCUUCUGCGGCCUCUGUACCUCCUGUUCCAGCCCCCCGAGAACACCCUCCCAUCACCACUGUUACUACCACCACUUCCACGUCGACUCAGUCCCAAAAUGAUACCCUGAGUAUUGCCAUCACCGUAGAGCAACCCCCAACUGCACCCAAGAGGAAAUUGUCCUCUAUUGGAAUCCAGGUGGAUUGUGUUGUGCCAAUCCCAAGAGAAGAACCUUUACGUCUGACUGCGCCUCUGAAGUUUCAGUCAAUUGGAGUUCAAGUAGAGAACGGCAGGCCUCUCAGCCGGGACAGCAGCAUGGCCUCCAGACAAAACACAGAGACUGAGCCUCAGGAGCCACAGGAUGCCGCGCCCACAGAAAACAACACAGCCAACUGCACCAACAGUCAGACAGUGAAUGCCACUGCGCCAAACGGACAGGACAAAGCCAUGGAACAGCAGCCUCUGAAACACACCUCAGCCCCAUCCAGGAUACCCAACUCGCCCCCAGAGACUCUGGACCCGGCUCUAGAUCCGUCUUCGCUGCCGCCGCCAGAUCCCAGCCUCGAGUCCGGCAACUGCAGCGCCCAAGGCGAUGCCGUUCAACCCAGCACACUAGCAUGCCUCAGAGAUGGCAACUGGUUCCUGAAGCUUCUGCAGGCGGAGACGGGCCGUAUGGAGGGCUGGUGUCAACAGAUGGAGCAGGAGACCAAAGACAACAAGCUCUCGGAAGAGGUGUUGGGGACGAUCCGCAGUGCUGUUGGCAGCGCGCAGCUCCUCAUCUCCCAGAAGUUUGAGCAGUUCAGAGGACUCUGCAAUGAGAACCUGAAUAUAAAUGCCAACCCUCGACCAACGGCACAGGACCUCGCAGGGUUCUGGGAUCUGCUGCAGCUCUCGAUAGAAGACAUCAGCAUGAAGUUUGACGAGCUUUAUCAACUGAAGGCCAACAACUGGCAGCUUCCCGAGAAGACGGUCAAAAAGGAUGAAAACAAGCAGCUUCCAUCAUCUGUGCCAAAGAAGCCGUCAAAGCCGAAGCUGUCGACAGGGAAGGAUAGAAGCGUGGACUCGGCUGUGGACAAGCAGCGGCAAGAAGCCAGGAAACGGCUGAUGGCAGCAAAGCGCGCGGCGUCAGUACGACAGAACUCCGCCACGGAAAGCGCUGACAGCAUCGAAAUCUACGUCCCCGAGGCCCAGACCCGCCUCUGAGAGCAAACCAGCACCGACCAUCGAGUAGAAAUCAUGACUCACUUCAGACAUUCAUUGACACAAACACACAGAUCUGAGACGAACAUACGAAAACCUACAACGGAUGCACAGAGGUCGAUCCCUCAUAGCAGCACAGCUGAUGACAGGAGGCACAUGGGAAUCACGAGGCACUGAAAUCAUUCAAAAUACUGCAGAUCUCCACUCUGCUGCUGUGGGACUGAAACAACAGAUGUUUAAUACUAUUAUUAUUGUUAUUAUUGAUAUUAUUAUUAUCUAGUAAAGUAUUUUGAGACCGUCUUAAUUGUGCAUUGUCUUGGAUAAGGACAUCCUGUACCUUGUGAGCUGAAGAUUCAUGGUAUCCCAGAAGUUUACUCUCUGAAACCCCCCACCCCCCACCCACCCCCCCGUCACUGCUGAGUCGAGUCUACCGGCGAGUCGCGGCUGCCUGGUUUACGAACUGAGCUACCAUCCACACACACUCAGGACACACAUGCAGGUGUACUCACUGUCCACAGAGUCUUCCUGUUCUCUCUUUCUAAUAGGCUGCCACUCGUCGGCUGUGGUCUGUACGCUUUACUGUGUAAGAGUUAUAAGAUGGCGUUAAUGUACUCAGAGGUUUAAAAUGCAAGAGAACCAGAGGAAGGCAGUAGCAUAUAUAUAUAUAUAUAUAUCUAUAUAUAUAUUCUAAAUAUCACACUAUUACAAUGUUCAUUUUGUAAAUGUUGUAUACCAGAUUAUUUGUUAGAAAGAGGUCAGUGUUCAGUACCAAGGUAGUUUUUUAUAGAUCGAGUACAUUUACUGUCAUGAUAUAUUAGCACUUGAUGCAAUCAUUCACUCCACCUUUCUCUCUCUCUCUCUCUCUCUCUCUUUCUUCCCCUCCUCGUUUCACAAACACACACUCACACAGUCUGUGUCUGUGAAUAGCUAUUGUUUAAAGUCUUAACAUCACUUUGUUUUCUGGUGAGGCAUGUGCGGAAUGACUGGCCAGCCAGUGAGCGUCAGAGGAAUGUAUGAAGCGUGCGCAUCUAGAGCUCAUGUCGACUUGAUCACUGCACUUUCCAUUCACCAUCAGAUCAAGUUUCUUCACUGCUUUUGUUUUUCUUCAAUCAUUCACCGCAUCCUGGUGUGAUGUAGGGGACCAAGACAUUCACCACUUUGAUAAUGGCAUUCCCGUUCAACCAGACCACGUGUGAGAGGGUGGGGGUGUGCUCGCUAAUGGAAAGACCAUGAAGCAGAACAGCAUAGCAAUAAUCAGAAUACUUUUAGAGCAAGCAGUGCAGUAGGUACCCAGACCUAAAAUCACGUAAUCCCCAUUUCCUGUAGAGCUUUUUCUUUUCUUUUUUUUCUCCACAAACUGACUUUCCUUGAAAAGAGUAAAAUCUCAGGUUGAUCUCUCAACAGUAAAAACCACUAUUGAUGGGAUAUUUAUUUUGCUAACUCAGAUGAAUUGGCCAAAUGCUCAGAGCUAUUUGCCAAAUUUCCCUCCUUAGUCGAGACUGACUCAGUGAUCCUCUGUAAAGAGCGCUGGGUUCUGCUCCAGGUUCAGUUUGACAGCUACAAUCGCUUGUUUUCACCACUUCUCUUUCUAGCAGCUUGCACUCCCACCCCCUUUUUUUUUUGUUCCUUUUUUUUUCCUUAAGAAUGAAGAGCUGUGGUACAUUUUUAUUUCCGUCAGUUUAAGUGUCAUGUGACAAUUUCUUUGAGUUUUGUCCAAAAUGAGGUCAACCGAAACAUGUCUUGACUCUGUGAUUAUAAUUAAAGGUGCUGCGUGGGACUUCCUGUGUUGUGCCAAGAUGGCAGCGAUCAUCAACAUUUCAGCCUCUUUUUGGCGAGGCCUUUAUUUAAAGUGAUUAUUUAAUCUAAUGAUUUGAGCUGCCGGAGUGUGCACACGUCCCCAGCACAGUUUGUUUGCUUUGUGCUCACUGCAGACCAGCAAUGCCUCGUCUCUGUAAACUCGUGACACUUCCACUGUGGAGCUGGAAUAUUAUCCAUGUUUCCUCAAAGGGAAACACAAGUGCCAAGGGUAUUUCAGUGGAGCUGGGCAUAGCUGAAACUCAUGCACAAGUGUAGGUUGACUCAAUGUUGUCGUGUUUGUUUUAAGUAAUUUUUGUGGUUUUAUUUUAAGAGCUGGCUCUCCCCCUACUGGUCAGUCCUUGCACGGCACUCCAGACAUCUUGUUCUGCUCCAUUUUAAAAUUUUUAGUUGUCAUCAAGUGAGAAAUGAAGUUGAACUGGGAAUGCUGACACAACACCAAGUUGUCAAUUUUCUUAUUCUCUUAUUUGUAUUACAUCAACAAUGGACAUGUGCAUCUCAUUGUCCAAAGAAAUCAUUAAAGAUCCCUUUGCAACAUGUCCUGGUCAUCAUUCUUUGUCUUUUUAUUACUCAUUCAUCAGUAAUAUUAGCUUCUGAGUUAAUAUUACCCAUAAAACCAUACACCUUGAAGUAGAGUAGACAUUCUUACUGUGUAAUCUCUGAAAGCAUGGCCUUCUUCAUAUAAAAUAUACAAAGAUCCAGUGAGUUUUCCUUUAAAUUGAUCUGGUGAGAGAUCUAAAAAGCUUCAGUUUUGUUUCAGGCAUUCAGGGUAUGUACUGUAAGUGAGAGUUUAUUAACUGUGACAAACGGUGGACAGUUCUUUCCUUUUGAGCCGGUUCCCUUUAUUUGCCCGCAUACCGAACUUUAAGAGCGAGACCUGAUCAGGGAUCUUCAGACAGUUUGUUUACCAGUACUUCCUGAGUUUCCAAGGGCUACAAAAUGGACAAAACGAUGACCAGAAGGUGCAACAGUUCCUGUGGACAUUCUGCUCAGCCACUGUGUGGACAAGGCAAUAUUCUCCAGCCAAGUGAUUCCCGGAAUUUACAGCGUUGUUAGGCACAGUGGCCAUGAAAAUCUUUGGGCUAUAAAUUGGGUCGUUGGGGUGUGUUUGAUGGACAGAAACACUCUGAUAAUCAUGCGUUCAUGCUGACUUCAUCUCCCCCCUGGCUACAUAUCUGUCCUCUCAGAGAUCCAGCGAGGAAAACGAGCAAAAAUGAUGUAGGAUCUUGGAUUAUCUUGUACUGAUGUUAUUUUACAAAAUAAGCACACAUAUCUUACAGAUGAAAGUUUGUCUGAUGUUCUGGUGUAUUAGUUAGACACUGUGAGGCUAGUUUCUUUUACCACAAUAAAGACUUGUAAUUGCAAUGA